AUGAAUUAAAAUCAAAAGCAAGACUAUCCUUUUCUUAUUUGGGUUGAUAGCCAAAUUUUUAAUUGGGAAAACAAAUUAUAUUGUGAGAAAUUACAAGAUGUUCACUAAAAUGCAUUUUAAGCUUUUAAUGACAUAUCUCAGGCAUGUGAAUUAUUGUAAAAUAUUGGAGAUAAAAAUAUAACUAUCCUAACUAGUGGGUAAUGUGCUUAUUAACUUGUAAAACACACAAAAUAAAACAUUAUCGUAUUUUGCGGAAGAAGAUAGAAUCAUUUUGACUUAUUCAAAAAUUAUAUCUAAAUAAAAUCUAUAGUAUCAGAUUCGUUUUAAUAAGCGCAUGAUGAUGCUAUUAUGAGUAUGAAUUAAUUGGACAUCCAAAAUGAAUUCAUCAAAUUAUUAUCACCGCCGUAAAGGCAAACAAUUGAAUAUCAACAUUCAAAAAGUCAUGUGAGCAUCUAAUUUCUAGUUGUCAUAGAAGAAUUAAAAAAAAACAAAACACUUAAUGAAUCAGAGGUCUUUGAAGAAAUAGAAAAUUUGCUUUCUAUCUAAAAUAAAUAAAAUUAAAAGCAUGUCAUUUUCUAAGAUUUAGAAAAUAAAUAAAAAGAAAAACCUGAAUAGAAAUUUUAAUUGUUUGAGAAAUUGAUUUAUCUCUACACCAGAGAAGAGAUUAGUCUAACUUUUAACUAAUAGUUUGCUGAGCAUAAUUAUUCAUAAAUUACGAACAUUAUAUUGUGUCUUUACAAAGGAUUUGAGGAACAUUAAAAUAAAUACAAUAAAAUUGGAAGUCUUUAUAGAGGAAUAUCCUUCAUCGAUGAAGAUAUCUUUAAAUAAAUUAUGAGAGAUCUAAAUUAAUCAAAAGAUGACUAAACUUCAUUAUUUUGGAAUACGAUUACUAGCACAUCUACAUCUAUAAAAGUGGCAAAAACAUUUGCUUCUGAAAAAUUUUAUGGGAUACUUUACAAUAUCAUUUUAGAUUAAGAAAUUCCUCAUCCGUGUUUCUAAUUAUAAAAAUAUCAUUCCUAUUAUCCAACGGAAGAAGAAGUAAUAUUAUUCCCAUAAUUGGAAUUUAUUGUAUAAAAUAUAGAAUAGCAAUAAAAUUAAAAUCAAUAAAUUUACACUGUAACAAUCAAAUAAGUUAAAAAUAACUAUGCUUUUGCGCUUGAUCCAUUGAAGAGAAAGACCUAUUGGGACUCAGUAGUUGAGUAGAAAAUAAAGCCUAAAAUAGAAACAUUGGUGAAUUUUUAAUGUAAAAGAAUUUUUGAAUUUCUAUCAUUUUGUGAAUAUGAACAAAAAAACUAAGGAUUUGAUUAGAGAAAAUUUGUCUCUUUAAUUAAGAAAGAAUUGGAGAAUGUAUUUCAAUAGAUUCAAAUUUAAUUAAAUAAGAUUUUCAAUGAAUCAAAAUACCCUGAUAUUUCGAACCAAUUAAAAAAUCUUACUAGAACCUAUAUUGAAGUAUUUAAAUUUGAAUAUUAAGACUAAUUCGGUUUCAAUUAAAAGAAAUUUUAGGAAGAAAUUGAUGAAGUAAUGAAAACCUUAAAACUAAAUAUUUGCAUAUUGGUAUUAAAAGGAAUAAUCGACAUCGAGUAGGAAAAAAAAUCUUUGGAAUGCUUAUAAUAAGACUUCACGAUAAAUCAAACCAAUGCUUUAAUUAACAUAAUGGCAUCUUAGUGCUUGAUUUCUGGAAUUGGUUAAUUAGGCUUUGAGAGUGGCAUAUUAUGA